GAAGUACGCUUUACGGCAGGCCCCAGUUUGCGCGACGUUUUCCGGCUUCCGGGACGCUUCACAGGCAAGAUGGCGUCCGGCAGUGGGGCUAAAAACUUGGACUUCCGUCGGAAGUGGGACAAAGAUGAAUAUGAGAAACUUGCAGAGAAACGUCUUACAGAGGAGAGAGAAAAGAAAGAUGGCAAGCCAGUACAACCUGUCAAGCGCGAGCUUCUUCGGCACCGAGAUUACAAGGUGGACCUGGAAUCCAAACUGGGGAAAACCAUUGUUAUCACAAAGACGACCCCUCAGUCUGAGAUGGGCGGGUAUUAUUGUAAUGUCUGUGACUGCGUAGUGAAAGAUUCCAUCAACUUCCUGGAUCACAUCAAUGGCAAAAAACAUCAGAGGAACCUUGGUAUGUCCAUGAGAGUAGAGCGCUCUACAUUGGAUCAAGUGAAGAAGCGCUUUGAAGUGAACAAGAAAAAAAUGGAGGAGAAGCAGAAGGAUUAUGACUUCGAGGAGAGGAUGAAGGAGCUCAGAGAAGAGGAGGAAAAGGCCAAAGCCUACAAAAAGGAAAAACAGAGAGAGAAGAAAAGGAGGGCGGAAGAAGACUUGGCGUUUGAGGAGGACGAUGAAAUGGCAGCCGUGAUGGGAUUCUCUGGCUUUGGCUCAACCAAGAAAGGCCACUGAUAAGCCAUGGACUUUCCUUUGGACUUUGGUUGUUUCUGUCCAGGUGAUGCUUGAGAGACCCUUGGAAGACUUUGCAGUGAAUUUGUAUCUAAACAUCCUGGUAGACGAUGGCUGCAGGAGCUGGGAGGCAAUCCCAUUCCUUCUGUGCGGGGCUGGCUAUGCCUUGCCAUCACUAGUACCUUCCUGCCUGCAAAGAUAGUGUCACACAUUGACUGUAUGGUGGUAAACCUCAAUAUUGAAUAAAGAACUUUAUAUUAGCAUCUCCCCUCUCCUAACCUCCUUGCAAUACUUUGGGAAAAAAAAAACCCUUGUCGAACUUGCUCCUACUUUUUUAAUCUUUUCAUUGACUGUGAAGCAUGGAGCUGGAUGUCCCUUUAGAACUCUACAUUUCUUGGCUUUGGUUGCAGCUGUCAUUUCCCUUUAAUGAGUUCUGCUUGCUUCUCACUUUGUGUUGUGUGGCCCUGUGUGCACGAGAGACAUUCUGCUAGGUAUAUAUAUUUUUUCUGUUAAUAAACUGAUAAAAAUCA